CAUAAGAUCAGUCUGAGGAGGAGAUGUGAACGUGUGACUGAAGGAAGUGAUGAAACAGGAAGUAGAACCCUCCUCAACAGGAUCUACACUGAGCUCUACAUCACAGAGGGACAGAGUGAAGAGGUUCAUACCCAACAUGAGGCGAGGCAGCUGGAGACAGCUUCCAAGAUGGACGCCCUCCAUGACGCUCCAAUCAGGUGCCAGGACAUCUUUAAAGCCUUACCUGACCAACAGAGACCCAUCAGAGUGGUUCUGACCAACGGCGUGGCUGGUGUUGGAAAAACCUUCUCAGUGCAGAAGUUCACUCUGGACUGGGCAGAGGGCUUGGAGAACCAACAUGUCAGUGUGGUGGUUCUGCUUUCAUUCAGGGAGCUGAACCUGAUCAGAGAUGAGCAGUACAGUCUUCUGCAGCUGCUCCAUGUUUUCCAUCCAACAUUACAGAAGGUCACAGCAGAGAAGCUGGCUGUCUCUCAGCUUUUGUUCAUCUUUGACGGCCUGGAUGAAAGCAGACUUUCAUUGGAUUUCACCAACAGGAAGCUGCUGUCUGAUGUCACACAGAAGUCAUCAGUCAGCCAGCUGCUGACAAACCUCAUCCUGGGGAAUCUGCUUCCCUCGGCUCUCGUCUGGAUAACUUCCCGACCUGCAGCAGCCAAUCAGAUCCCUCCUACAUGUGUCGACAGGCUAACAGAAGUACGAGGCUUCACUGACGCCCAGAAGGAGGAGUACUUCAGGAGGAGAUUCAGUGAUGAAGAGCUGUCCAGCAGAAUCAUCUCCCACAUGAAGACAUCCAGGAGCCUCCACAUCAUGUGUAGUAUCCCAGUCUUCUGCUGGAUCACUGCUACAGUUCUGGAGCACAUGUUGACUACAGAGCAGAGAGGAGAGCUGCCCAAGACCCUGACUGACAUGUACUCACACUUCCUGCUGGUUCAGACAAAGAGGAGGAAGAACAAGUACCAUGAGGGACAUGAGACGAGUCCACAGGAGCUGACGGAGGCUGACAGGGAAGUUCUUCUGAAGCUGGGGAGGCUGGCGUUUGAACAUCUGGAGAAAGGAAACAUCAUGUUCUACCAAGAAGACCUGGAGCAGUGUGGUCUGGAUGUGACAGAGGCCUCGGUGUACUCAGGAGUUUGUACAGAGAUCUUCAAAAGAGAGUGUGUGAUCUUCCAGAAACCAGUCUACUGCUUUGUUCAUCUGAGCAUUCAGGAGUUUCUGGCUGCAGUCUACAUGUUCCACUGUCACACCAACAGGAAGAGAAAGGUGCUGAAGAACUUCCUCAGAGAAAAAAGUAUGCCCUUUCGAAUGAGGUUUUCUACUGCUUUAAAUGACAGUGAUUAUAGAGACAAAUCAUCACUUGAUGUAUUUCUUGAGACAGUCAUGUCUAAAUCCCUCCAGAGUAAAAAUGGCCACCUGGACCUGUUUGUUCGCUUCCUUCAUGGCCUCUGUCUGGAGUCCAACCAGAGACUCUUAGGAGGUCUGCUGGGUCAGACAGAGAUCAGUCCAAAAACCAUCCAGAGAGUCAUCAACAACCUGAAGGAGAUGAACAGUGAUGAAAUCUCUCCUGACAGAAGCAUCAACAUCUUCCACUGUCUGAUGGAGAUGAACGACCUCUCAGUACAUCAGGAGAUCCAAGAGUUCCUGAAGUCAGAGAACAGAUCAGAGAGGAAACUCUCUGAGAUCCAGUGCUCAGCUCUGGCCUUCAUGCUGCAGAUGUCAGAGGAGGUUCUGGAUGAGUUGGACCUGCAGAAGUACAACACAUCAGUCUGGGGACGACUGAGACUGAUUCCAGCUGUGAGGAACUGCAGAAAGGCUCGACUGACUCAGUGUGAUCUCUCAGGGACUCACUGUGAAGUUGUGGCCUCAGCUCUGAAGUCCAACCCCUCCCAUCUGACAGAGCUGGACAUGAGUGGAAACAACCUGCAGGAUUCAGCAGUGAAGCUUCUGUGUGCUGGACUGGAGAGUCCAAACUGUCGACUGGAGACUCUGAGAUUUAAGGGCUGUGGUUUGUCCAAGUUCAGCUGUGAUUAUUUGGCAGCAGCACUGAAGUCCAACCCCUCCCAUCUGAGACAGCUGGACCUGAGUAAGAACCCGAACCUGCAGGAUUCAGGAGUGAAGCAUCUGUGUGGUUUCCUGGAGAGUCCAGGAUGUGGACUCAUGUAUCACAUGGACAUCGCGCCAGUGAGGCUUGAAACCUUUAAUGAAGAGAACAUCAACUCUAACUAA